AUGGCAAGUAGAUCUGAUCUCCCCGCCUUCCAGGCGAUCAACCUCGAGCCCGAGGAAAACGAGGAUGAGCAGAUUGACACCACUAAGGAGCUGCAUGUCGAUAAAGCUCUCCAAAAGUUUCAGGCCGCUCUCAAGCUUCACGCCCAAGGCAUCAAGUCCAGGGAUGCCGCUGAUGCAGCAUAUCAGGAGCUGUUCGAGUGCGAAAUAUUCGAUUAUCGAGAAGCAAAGACCGACUACGAACGCGCAGAACGCCAAGCCGAUGGCCGACCGGAAGCCUCUGCUGUCGACUCCUUUUCAUCCACCUUGGGCAUGGAUGCUGGGGGAGCAGAUGGAGUCGCAGCAAGCCUCGCCCAAGCCCUGUAUAUGUCAUACAAAAACUACGGCCAGUUCUUUUUGGACAAAUUAAAAGACAAGUGCAAAUUAGACCCCGAAUGGAGCAAGAAACUACGCAUCAAGUACGGAACCGACGACGGCGGCAAAGUUAUUGACAACUGGACUGCGGCCCUCGACCAGGACCCGUCAGACCCUGAACUGUGGAGGAAGAUGGCCCGUUUCGCCGGCGCUAUGAAUUCUGGUCGCAUCAAACGAUAUUGUCUUGAGUCUGCUGUUGAACUGGACGAUGAUCCUGCCGUCGCCGAAGUAAAUCCCCCAUCUCUUGCGGAAGGCUUCGCUGGCCAACAACUCAAGGACUAUCUGCAAGUUCUUGAUGACGAUAUGGCACUUUCACACCCCAUAAUGGCACCCUGGCUCAAGAGACAGAUGCCAGCCCUGUUAAAGCGCCAUUUAGACCCAAUUCCAUUCCUGCCAGAUCCUGCAACCAUUUUGACUCCUCCACCGUCAAGCCCCGAAGCCGACCCAGACCAGAACGACCGCGAAAGCGAAGACGCACUGUCUCCUACCAAUGUUGAUGAGAGUACUGUGGGGCCUGUUAAAACAUGGUCGGAGCUUGGCAUAGAGCUGAUGAAGUGCAUUCAAGAUACGAAGGGGGCUUUGAAGGCGUGCCGCUCAGUUUUAGACGCCACUCUGGAAGAUACCAAGAUGACUGAGGUUGUCGAAGCCGAAACUAAAACCGUACCUGUGCCCGAACCAAAGCCGGAACCUGCCGUGGAACACAAACACAAGACAGAUGAGAAAGUCAAGCAAACGGUUGAGGAGCCGCAAAUCGUACGCAGAUCAACCCGGCAAGGGUCCAGAGCAAGCACCAAGCCCAAACCGGAGACGAAGGAAGAAACUGUUUCGAGUGCCACAAAGGAACCGCCAAAGGAACACGAUCAAGACCUAAAAGAGAGAUCGGCCUCGGUCUCAACGCGAAAGAGGUCGCAAUCGGUGGCAGGCUUGCCUGAGGGUGCAGACGACGAGAAUGCGGCCGAGAAGAGAAGCAAACGUGUCCGGCGCCGCACAGAAGCGACGCUUACUGAAGAAAUGACGGAUCCCAAUGGCCUGGUAUCCGCUCAAAUUCAGCCAUAUCAAGAAGCAGAUCGGAAUUUAUUCCAGCUCACAAAGAACAUCCUGGAGAAUAUGGGUGUUGAGCACCGCCCAACACUCGACUGCUUGCAAGAACUCUUAGACUCUUGCUCUACGGAAGAUAGGCCGAGAAAGCUGACUCACAAAUGCGCCAAAGACUUGCAAAGUGUGAUCUCACCUUUCAGCGAAGAUGUCGCACGAGUCCUCUUAAAUAAGAAUGAGCAAGCCACUUUGGGUCUUUCUUCAUUCUUGGAACAUGCUAAAUCAGGCUCGCAAGACCAUGAUCACAUCCCUCUAUUUGAUGAAGCCAAAGGCCUCAGAAAAUUUUCAGAAAUGGUAAUAAACGGUAUGGAAUGGAUGUCCAGUGAUGAUGUUGCUUUCGAAUGGGUCCGCGCCAUCAGUGAAAGCUACACUGCUUUCAAAUGGUCAGAUACUAUGAAAGUUGCCGUCGUGCAGAUGCUCAACAGAAUCGAUACAAUCUUGUAUACUCGAAUCACCGACAGCUUGAGCAGACCAAUGGUUUCGGAAGAGGAGCUGGACGGACUGAAGUCUAUUCUCCCUAUGAUCUUCGAGUUACACAUUGACAUCUAUGAAAGAAUCACCAACCCCAGCAGCGCUGUGGACUAUGCGACGCGAAUGGAAACAAAGUAUCGGUUAGACAGGUGGCUAAAUGCCAUGUCAACUUAUGUUCAACUACAGGACUUGCCUCAGAACGAUGCUCUUUGCGUCAGAUUCAUCUGGGCGUCGGUAAUGGUCUCCUCUUUAACCGAGAACCCGGUGAGAGAGCAUAUCCUACUGUUGUGGACCUCUCUUCGUGACUUCCUGGCCGCUGAAAAAGUGGAGGAAAUCAAUCUACCGAACAACGUUGUUAUGCCUGUCAUCUCUCCAGCCGCUGCAGACCGAGAACUGUCGAAACUGAACACAAUGGACUUCUUCCUAGGUUUGUUCCAGGACGAGAUGAAGGACCCCAUCGCAGUCAUUGACACACUUGAACCUGUCCUCAACCCAGCGUCCGUUCAUGUCUUGGAAGAUCACAAUGGCCCAACUGAGGAACAAGUGAAUGACCCGAAGAACCCCGUUGGAGAGGCAAAUCAUCUCGAAGCUGACGAUGAAAACAAGAUGGACAAAGAGAAUGAUGACCGCAGGAGGACUGCUCAGGAUGAGGUUGAUGAAGAGCAGCGGAGCGAAAAACAUGACAAAAGGGGAGAUGGCGGUGAAGCGUCAAUGUCUCAAGAACCAAUUGCCAAAGGAAAGCCAUUGUCUGAAAAUGCCAACCAGAGCAUGAAGGACUUGUGGAAGUUUCUCAUCAGCAGUAGUACCGAGUUGCGUCUCUUCUUGUGGUCCCGGUUGGGCGACGCGUACGAAGCCAUUAACUAUCCUACCAAGCGAUUCUCGUGUCUCCUAAAAAGUAUUGACAUGGUUGUCAAUGAUUUGGAAGGAGAGGCAUAUAGCAAGAUGCCGGAAGAUUCAAGGAAGCACUUGUUUAUGCGAACUUUGAAGUCGCUGGAUGAACUUAUUAUACAGGCUCUGACCAUGUCCUUAAAUGACGAUACUGCCUUUGAUAUCGUUGACGACGACCAUCUCAAGUCGAGCUCCGCCACUGUCGCCAGACUUUGUUCAUUCCUUCACGUUGUAGCGCUGUGCGAAGACGAAUCCCGGCUUGGUAUUACCAGCCUGCGCACAAACAACAGCACCUUCUCGGCAUUAAUGAACAAACUGCGAGAUAUCCAGUCCCGCACCUGGUGCCUUUUGUUCACGCUGUUCAAAGCUGGACUAUCACAGAAGGAGACUAUUGCUCCGGAUAACGACUUGUCGGACUAUCUUGCCGCCAUUCAUAGAGUUAUUGGCCUGCGCAAGUUCUGUAAAGCAUCCAAUAAGAUAUUCCUCAAAGUCAUGCGCAUCGAACUGCUUAGACUGAAAAAGAUUGAAACCUGGGAGGACCACCUAGAGCAAGUGCUGUAUGACUUGUAUGGCUUGAAGCUUGGUGUCGGUGUCUGGGAAGUGCAAGAUCACGGCUGUCCAUAUGAGAAGCUCGAAAAGCGACAAGCCAUGCAGCUGGUGGAGAAAAUCAUGAUUCUUGCUAAUCGUAUGACGAUGAAAGAUUUGUUGAAAUCAGAUCUGAAAACCACCAUCGAACACAUGCAGCAAACAAUUGGACAGACCAAGUCGACACCGCAAAUGAUUCACAACCUGAGAAAUUUUACCGAAAUGUUGAAAAAACCAAUUCAUCCGCUGAGGUUAUAUCAGGCUCUCGCUGGCAAUGUAUUCGUGGAUGCUGUGACGGUCAAUAUUCCAGAAGCGGCACUAGCUCGACAUGGUUGGUUCUUCUUGCUGGGAAUGAUCGCUCUGACCAAAUUCAAGGGCGUGGAUUUGAAUCGUCGUCAGACUCCCGGUGCAACCGACGAUCUCCGUAUCGGGGCCACGUUCUUAAGGCUACAAUUGCAAUUCACUGCUGAUCGAUGGGAUGCCUGGUUCCGACUAGCAGAAUGCUUCGACUAUGAGCUAGAUGAGUCUGUCUUGUGGACGGCAGACAAAAUGAAUAAGGAUCGAUCAGAGUUGGUGAAGUUCCAACGAAACGCGAUACACUGUUAUACGCUGGCUUUAUCCCAUUCUCGACACCAGAGGGUAACCGCCAGCGAUACCGACCCGCUCCAUGACUUGUAUCACAAAUUUGGCAUGAGAUUAUACUCAUCGAGUCGAGAGCCUUUCGCCAUGGAGCCUUUCCAGCACUCCGACCAGGAACGAUUCUUCAUCGAGGACGGGGGUUCCGGGACUUUCAAAAAGAUUCUUCACGAUCAGAUGUCAAAAUACAAAUUGUGGAAAUUCGCCGCCGGGCUGUUCCGAAAGGCAAUGGCAAGGAACCCACGUAACUGGAAGAAUCCGUACAUGCUUGGAAAGUGUCUUUGGAAAAUGUAUCAGGCACCCGAGGAUAGCCUUGACAGCAGCGAUAAAAAAUCUCGCAUUACGAUGACGAAGCUGCUGGAUACGCUUAAAUUAUCCAUCGAAGUGGCACAAAAUUCAAGAAGGUCGAAGAACAGCGACCCGAUUUUGGAACCGCAUUACAAGCUAGUUUCUAUUCUGCACAAACUUGUGAUGCGAGGCGAUAUGCCUGCAGCCGAUGCUGCAUCACUCCUCGCAGAGCAACCAUUUGGCAUCGCCGCAAAGCCGGAUGACCAUUUUGCGUCUUUCUCCGAACCAGAAGACUGGGAAGAGUAUAUUAUUCGUAACUUGACUAAGCUUCGUGAAAAGGAUAAGUCCAACUGGCAACACCGAAUUGUCAUGCGCCACGCCAAAAUUCUCUUUGACGAAAAGAACAUUGGCAAAGACAGCGAUGGCACAGUGGAAGCCAAGGCUGCAUUUGCUAUACUCAAAGAGAACAUGUUCACCAAAACCAUGGUGAUGAAUGUGUGGAAAUGUGAUGCUGAGCGCCCUGGUCGCCAUCACGUCUUUACUGAGCAAUAUGUUCGGUUUAUGACCAAGCUUCUGGUUAUCAUGUCCGACCGAACAAAUUUGGAGCUGCUUUUGAGGCGCCUCCGCAAGAAGGGCGCAGACUUUUACCACUUUGCAGAUCUGUGGCAAUAUAGCUGCACUGCGUACGUAAAACUUCUACGUGCGGCUUAUAAUGUUCCGGUUACCACCGACGAAGCUUUCAAGCACAUGUCCAACGAAGAGUUUGAAAUCAUGAGUGAGCGAAUCACUGAUUGGGCUGGUGGUGACGGGGCGCCAAAUACUGCCUUUGAAUGCAUGAAGGAGGCCAUUGAAGCAAAGAAGCUCAAUGGCAACUUGAUGAAGGUCGCGCCUAUUGAUGAUCUCAUCAAUGACUGUUACACUACAAUCUAUGUAGAUGUUGCCGGGACGCUACCAGGGUUGGAGCCAGGCAAGAUCAUUGAGGAACGCAAUCACGCAAAGGAAGUAGCAGCUCAUUUGGAAGCCGUAGCUCAGGCCGAAUCGAAACCAAAGAGUUCACUAAGCAAUUUGCUCAACCCACCAAGCGGCGGUGACAGCGCAGCUGGAUCAGCCACACCAAUGGAAACAGACAAAGCAGAGGCUAUUCCGCGUGCCAGGAGACUAGCGGGAGUUCGUCGACCGGAGAUUCUGCGCAAGGCCGAGCAAGCUGUCAUGCGUGCUAUGGAGGCACCGAAGUCUGCUACGACUAAGAGCCGUGUAGGAAGUAUGUCCAGUACAAAGCGUGGCAGUCAGACGCCAGCUCGCGCCGGAAGCAACCUCCAUAGUGACGAUGAAGAUGACGGACCUGAUGCCCAAGUACGACGAGAAGCUGGCGAAGAUAUUGAUGAUGAGAUGAGGGACGCAGAUGACAAUGACGAAGUGGUCGAUGACGAUGAGCAUGACGACACAAGAAUGGACGAUCACGCUGACAGUAUUCAUGACUCAGCUGACGACGAAAGCGACCUCAGUGAUGUUCCGGAAGGCUAUGAUGACGACGUACCACCUGGACUACUGUUCCCCAAUCUUCGCAGAUCCGAAUCAAGCGGCGAUGAGGCAGAUAGCGAGGAUGCAGAAGAAGGGGACGAUGAAGAAGGCGUCGAAGAUGAAGAGGGGCUGCAUGAAGAGGAUGUAGAGGCGGAGGAUGAAGUAGGGGAAGGAGACGAGGAGGCCGAGGGAGAGGUGGAGGAGGAAGACGAGGAGGCGGGCGAUGAAGAUGAGCAUGAUGAGGAGGAAGUGGAUGGAGAAGAAGCCGAAGAAGAGGUUGAGGACGAAGAGGAAGAAGAGCUGGAAGGAAAUGAGGAUACAGAGAUGGCAGAAGUGGAGGACGGCGAAGAAGGUGACGAAGAGGCUGAGGAAGACGAUGGAGCAGAAGUUGAGGAGGGUGAGGAGGAAGGUGAGGAAGAAGGUGAGGAAGAAGGUGUGGAAGAAGGUGUGGAAGAGGGUGAGGAAGAAGGCGAGGAAGAAGGCGAGGAAGAAGUCGAGGAAGAAGGUGAAGAGGAGCUAGAGGAGGAUGCUGAGGAAGAAGGCGACGGAGAGGAGGAGGAAGUAGACGAAGACGAAGACGAAGAAGAAGAAGAAGACGGUGAAGAAGGUGAUGAUGAGGAAGGUGAGGAAGAAGCGGAAGAAGAAGAGGAAUGA